UUAAACUAAAAAAAAAAAAUCUUAAAUUGAAUUCAAAUAAAAUUUUAAAUAUUAAAUUUAAAGUCGAGCAAGUUCAAAAUCGAAUUACUAACCUUGAAUUCAAAUUUAAUGCUGCAUCGCUCUUCCACCCCUGACCCCUUGAUGUCAAAGAUUUGGGUGACAAAGUUUUGUUGGAUUUGCUUUAUAGUGUAGUAAUAAUAGUCCAACACCACAGAUUGAUGACCCAAAAUGGGUUGUGGAUUAUUAAGUUCGGCCUUUUGGUUAGAGAUUGGGUUAUCCUGUAACAACUUUAUUGAAGCUAUUGAGAUUAGGCUAGUCAAAGGAAUAAGAAGAUUUGGACUGAGCCCAGAUUGUGGGAUUAGGUAUACUUUACUGGACUGGAUCUAUAUUUUACAACACCCUUGGGCUUCCAAAGAAAUGAGAAAAUUUGGGGUAAAGCCCAAAUAGUAACGAUUUAAUUGCUUGUUGUGUGAUUGAAUCCCCGAAGAAGUAGGUGGCAUUCGGCCGAAAGAAGAGUACAAGUAACAAAAACAGCCCAAUGAUCAGUAUUAGACUACAGUUAAUUGCUUGAGUUAAGGCAAAGCAAAGAUUCUUAGAGUGCACAUAAGCCAAUUCAGGCCUGCCUCCAGUGGAAUGGCCAGGAAUCUGCUGUCUCAUUGGACCAUUAUACAUUGCUCUUGCAAUUUAGUGGUAGUAACUACAAAACAAAAGGUUGCAAUCUCCUGUUACAUGUUUAUAUGAAAUUGGGACUUUCAUGAAGCUGAUUGGUCUAAAGUGGGAGAGAAAUUAUCCCAAUAAGGAGACUUUAGAAUGGUCUAAAUAAGUUGGUCUUGCAUGAAAUUAGUUGCUUGACUCUCCAUGUCGUUAAGAGAAUUAUAGAAGAUUUGGGAUUAUUUCUUUGACAAAUUUCAUGAUCUUUAUUUCAAUAACAGCAAAAUGCGUGUAAAACUUUCAAAAUUAAGAGAUUAAGAUCCUUUUUUUAGAUAAUUAAAACUGUUAAAUAUUAUCAACGAAAGUUAAUAUAAAUAAUAAAAGAUGAAUGUUAGGUGCAUUAAAUUCAGAUUUGAAUCAUCUCAUGAUUUUUCGUUAUUAUAUGAUAUAUAAAUCUAAAAAUUUUAUGGUGAAAAUCUAAUAAAUUCAUAAAUUCCAAUUGAAUAUUUAUACCAAAAAAAAAAAAUCAAACAUUGAUCUACCUUUAAUGUCUACUGUGAAAAACACUGGAUCAUGAUAAGUUUAUACCACUAAACAAAUAGUCAACGGCAAGAAUAUACCGCCAGCAUCACCCAAGUAGAAAGAAACAAAACAGGAUUAUACCAUUUUCUUUGAUUUGCUCAUCCAUUUUGACUUAUUUUCAUUUUGGCUCAAUUGAUUCAAGUUUGUUUCAUUCAUGCCAUUACCUCUUUGAACAGUAUCAUAGAUAUCUUCUUAAGAUAUUAAAACUUUUUCGUAACUCCCAAGAAAGAGAAAAAAAAAAAAAAAGCUUGCGUGCUAGAUUUUUCUAUGAAUGUUCGUUGAUGGAGAAAGGGACUUAAAAAUAAUUACGUAAUAAAAGCAGGGGUUUUAAAUGAAAAUAAACUUAAAUGUUAGGGACCCACAUUAAUAUAAUUAGGCAACAAAAUCUUGUCUAACUCAGAAAUCCGGGGGACAAAGAGCACAAAGAAAAAGUCUUCUGUUCUUGUUUAUGUUUCCAGUAAAUCCCACAGAGCAGUUCCUAUAAAUUCGGCAAUUGAAGUAUUUUGUCUUUCUUUCAACAUUGUACCAACCCAUUUCUUUCCCCACAAACUAUUUCAGUUUCUGUCCAAAUCUUCCCAGUUCUAUCAGUCAUUCAGAUGAUCAGUGAUUGCUGGAAAAUGGGUUAUUAAUGGAUGCGGAUUUUAGCCGUUGACUACUUGUAUGCAUGUAUGGAUGGAUGGAUGGAUGGAUGGAUGUAUAUAGGUACAUAAGUACAUUGGAAAUAUGUCUGAGACAAAGAUCUUCGGUAAUGGUUUUGACGAAGGAGAUAAAGACACAUCUAAUCAUUCAAUAAAUAAGGUUGACCCUGGCAAGCCUGCAUCAUUGACUUGGAAGCGAAAACUAAAUGAUGAGGGAUGUGUUCCUUCAAUGUUCACUCUAACAUUUCAAGAGAAACUUCAUAUGGCUCCAAUAGGUAUUCGACUGUGGCAGCAUGUCAGAGAACAAUCAAGCAAAGGACGGCAGGUUUUUAUCAACCCAUUUGCUAAGCACUUUAUUUCAUCUUGUCAUGGUGUUCCUCUAGGUGGUGUCGGAGCCGGAAGCAUUGGAAGAAGUUACAAGGGUGAAUUUCAGCGCUGGCAACUAUUCCCUAGAAUAUGUGAAGAGAAACCAGUUUUAGCAAAUCAGUUUUCUAUUUUUGUUUCACGCUCAAAUGGUGAAAAGUAUUCCAGUGUACUGUGCUCAGCGAAUCCUGAGCUGGUGAAAGAAGAUUCAGUCUCUGGAAUUGGUUCUUGGGACUGGAAUCUGAAGGGUAAUAAUUCUACAUAUCAUGCUUUAUACCCGAGGGCUUGGACAGUUUACGAAGGUGAACCUGACCCAUCACUUAAAAUUGUUUGUCGCCAAAUUUCACCUGUUAUUCCUGACAAUUACAAAGAAAGCAGCUUUCCUGUUUCAGCUUUUACUUUCACUUUAUAUAAUACUGGAAAGACCACUGCAGAUGUCACAUUGCUUUUCACUUGGGCUAAUUCUGUGGGAGGAGUUUCUGAAUUUUCUGGUCGUCACUCCAAUUCAAAAAUAAUGAUGAACGAUGGUGUGCAUGGUGUCCUCUUACAUCACAUGUCUGCAAAUGGACUACCUCUUGUGACUUUUGCAAUCGCUGCACAGGAGACUGAUGGUGUUCGUAUUACAGAGUGCCCCUGCUUUUUAAUAUCUGGGAACUCAAAAGGCAUAACUGCAAAGGAAAUGUGGCAAGAAAUAAAAGAGCAUGGCUCCUUCGAGCAUUUAAAGUCCAAUGAAGCGUCAGUGGCUUCGGAGCCAGGGUCCUCUAUAGGGGCAGCCAUUGCAGCUUCUGUGACAAUUCCAUCUGAUGCUGUACGUACUGUUACUUUUUCUUUGGCAUGGGACUGUCCUGAAGUAAACUUUCUUAGUGGAAAAACUUAUCAUAGGCGUUAUACAAAAUUCUAUGGAACUGAUGGAGAUGCCGCCGCAAAUAUUGCACAUGAUGCUAUUCUUGAGCACAGCAAUUGGGAGUCACUGAUUGAAGCAUGGCAAAGGCCUAUACUCGAAGACAAGAGGCUUCCUGAAUGGUACCCUGUACUUUUAUUCAAUGAGCUCUAUUAUCUUAAUUCAGGGGGAACAAUUUGGACAGAUGGAUUAUCUCCAGUCCAUAGUUUAGUGAGCAUUGGAGGAAGGAAGUUUUCCCUUGAUAGAUCACAGUUAGGUUUGACAAGCAUUAUUGAUGUUCCCCAUCAAAGUGAUACUGCCAUUGACAUUCUGGGAAGGAUGACUUCUAUACUAGAGCAAAUACACACUCCAAUUGCAUCAAAUUCUGCUUUUGGAACAAAUUUGCUGCAAGAAGGAGAAGAAAACAUUGGUCAAUUUCUUUAUCUUGAAGGAAUUGAGUAUCACAUGUGGAACACCUAUGAUGUUCAUUUUUAUGCGUCUUUUGCACUAAUCAUGUUAUUUCCAAAACUUCAACUCAGCAUCCAGAGAGACUUUGCAGCUGCGGUAAUGAUGCACGAUCCUAGUAAAAUGAAACUUUUAAUUGAUGGACAACUGGUUCCAAGAAAGGUUCUUGGAGCUGUUCCACAUGAUAUUGGAAUUGAUGAUCCAUGGUUUGAGGUAAAUGCAUAUUGCCUUUAUGACACUGAUCGAUGGAAGGACUUGAAUCCAAAAUUUGUUCUCCAAGUUUAUAGGGAUGUGGUUGCCACUGGUGACAAGAAGUUUGCACAAGCUGUUUGGCCCUCAGUUUAUGUUGCAAUGGCUUAUAUGGAUCAAUUUGACAAGGAUGGUGAUGGGAUGAUUGAGAAUGAAGGAUUCCCUGAUCAGACAUAUGAUACAUGGUCCGUGUCAGGUGUGAGUGCCUAUAGUGGUGGGCUAUGGGUGGCAGCCUUACAGGCUGCAUCUGCCCUGGCACGCGAAGUAGGAGACAAAGGUUCUGAAGAUUAUUUCUGGUACAAGUUUCUGAAGGCAAAAGUUGUCUAUCAGAAAUUGUGGAAUGGUUCUUACUUCAAUUAUGACAACAGUGGCAGUCGCACAAGUUCAUCCAUUCAGGCUGAUCAAUUGGCUGGACAAUGGUAUGCAAGGGCAUGUGAUCUUUUGCCAAUAGUUGAUGAAGAUAAAGCAAGAAGUGCGAUGGAGAUGGUUUACAAUUACAAUGUCUUAAAAGUGAAAGAUGGAAAACGGGGGGCUGUAAAUGGGAUGCUGCCUGAUGGAAGAGUUGAUAUGUCAUCAAUGCAAUCAAGAGAAAUAUGGUCUGGAGUUACAUAUGCUGUGGCUGCAACAAUGAUCCACGAAGAUUUGGUGGAUAUGGCAUUUCAUACUGCAAGUGGAAUCUUUGAAGCAGCCUGGUCUGAAGAAGGACUUGGUUACUCAUUUCAAACUCCGGAAGCUUGGAAUACAGAUGAUCAAUACAGAUCUCUCGGUUACAUGCGCCCUUUGGCCAUAUGGGCAAUGCAAUGGGCCUUAUCAAGACCAAAACUUCGAAAGCAGGAGCCAAAACCUGAAGUGAAGGCAGAUUCCCUACGCAUACACCAUACUGGAUUCUCCAAAGUUGCUCGUCUUCUAAAGUUGCCUGAAGAUCAAGGAUCCAGGAGUCUUUUGCAGGUUAUGUUUGAUUAUACUUGCAAAAGAAUGUUGAUAUAAUUGAUUGCUCUAAUCAUGAUUGUGAAAAGUAAUGGUGCAUCACUCAAUAAUUGGAAAACUUGAGUCAAUCUUUGACACAAGAUAGCUUUUCAGUAUAUAUUUUUUUUUUGCAAUAUCUACAGUCUCUUCAUGUAAGUUUUAGCUGGUGUCUGAUUUCAUCUUCAUUUGCAACUACGCAGUUUGAUUUUGGUUAUUUUUCUUUAAAUUGCGCUGUGAGAAUCAAACUAUUCGAAUUGUCACCAACACAAUUCUUUUUUUUUUUUUUUAAUUUGAGAAAGGGGAAUUCGAAGUUUAGAACUAUGUUCUGAGUAGGGAUCAUGUAUCAAUUACUGAGUCAAAUGCUUGGAUGCUGUCGCCAACGCAUCAUCCAGUCUAGGAAAUGAAGCUAAUGUGAUGAGUUAAAAGAAGCUAAAUGUGUUUCUUAAAUAAAAUAUUUUAUUACCAUGUCAUAGGAUGAUGGGAUUUAAAAAGAAAGCACGUAACGUUCACUAACUGAAAUUGCCUCCAUGGAGAAAUUAGUCAACCACCUGAAAAGGAUUACAAAACCCAAAUGCAUAAUAACCGCAGAUAACAGCAACUGCUCAUUAAUCUGGGGUUUUGGUCCAAGCAGAGUUCCACAAAAAAAGGAUGGUCAACCGUUUUCUUUCUUUAUUAACUUCCAAAUAAAAAUGUUUCAAAUCCAUUUCUUCUUGUCUACAAGCGACAAGAAUUCUGUUAGUGUUUGAUAACAAAGACAUCAACAAAACGCCUAGCUCAGCAAGGGCGGUUUUCCCAGUACUGGAAAACCGCUCUUCAAAUUUCCAUUUCAUUUUCAUCAAGUGACACCUUUGCCAAUUGUUGAAUUCAUUUCUAGUUUUGCAAUUUUAUGAAAAUUUUAGGUCUUCUGAAUCCUCUAGUUUCAUCUUCUUUUUCGUUUGUGAUUAUGUAAACUGCAUGCUUAGCAAAGGAUUAAAAGAUUCAUUUGAUUUGGGUCUCUGUACCCAAUCCAAGACAUGCUACAUUGAUUCUCGUUCUUGUUUAAAAAAGAAUUCAGAGAAAUGG